UCUGGGAAACAUUUAGAGAGAGAAAAUCGGCGAUAUAAGUUCAUAAGGAUGGCGACCGGAGGCGGAGGUGGCGGUGGCGGUGGCGGUGGUAAGGUUUCGUUCAAGGUCACUCUGACAUCCGAUCCUAAACUUCCAUUCAAAGUAUUUAGUGUUCCCGAAGCUGCUCCUUUCACUGCUGUUCUCAAAUUUGCUGCUGAAGAAUUCAAGGUCCCUCCCCAGACCAGCGCUAUAAUUACCAAUGAUGGUGUAGGAAUCAAUCCCCAGCAGAGUGCAGGUAAUGUUUUUCUUAAGCAUGGAUCUGAAUUGCGCUUAAUUCCGCGUGACAGGGUUGGGUUUUCAUGAACAUCUUUUAACAUAUUUGGGAAAGAUCAGAAUGAUGAAUGAUCUAUAGUAAAAAAAAUUCAUUUUUAGUUAUUGGUUUGACAAUUUUGUAAACUUUUUGCAUAAUAUUUCAGGGUAUCAACUUAUAUAUAAGAUUUAUAAUAAUAAUAAUAAAUAAUUUUCAAACA